AUGGUGAGGUUCACGUCGGCCGUGCUGGCUGUUUUCUUAUACUUGAUACCUGCAGCUCUUGGAGUCCAUCUUCACGGAAGAGACAUCAAUGAGCCACUCCUUGAGUCUUAUGAUUACAUCGUUGUUGGCUGUGGCAUCAGCGGGCUUGUAGUCAGUAAUCGACUCUCGGAAAUUUCAUCUCGGACUGUUCUUUGCAUCGAAGCCGGUGACGCGGAUCAUUAUGAGGCCAUUAUUCAGGACCCAGUCUAUGUAGGAGCAGACAUUGGUGGUAUCUACGACUGGGACCUUGAAACUGUACCACAGACUCAACUCGACGGCAACACUCGGCCAAUGCCGCAGGGCAAAGUCCUCGGUGGCGGCAGCAUCUUGAAUGCUAUGUGCUGGAAUCGAGGUGGAUCCGAUGACUUUGAUGCCUGGGAAGCCUUUGGCAAUCCUGGAUGGGGCUGGGCUAGCAUCCUACCUGAGACAUAUACCCCUGUAUAUUCCGACGAGAUUGCAGACGAAUAUUCGAUCCACUACAACCCUGCUGUUCAUGGAACAUCUGGUCCUGUGCAGGUCAGCUAUCCCAAGUAUUUCUAUCCUCAAUCCAUCAAUCUCUUCGCUGGGAUGAAUCUCCUUGGUCUACCGACGCAAUUUGACCCCAACGAUGGUACUUCUGCAGGACCUGCUUUCGUGCCCACAGACCUUGACCCAAACAACCAAACACGUUCCGAUGCUCGUCGGACCUACUUCGAUCCCUACGUCACCAGAAGCAAUUUCCAUGUCAUCACUGGACAGCAUGUGACACGAGUGCUGAUCGAAGGUACUGGUGGCAAUGGCGAAGUGGACAACCCAACCUCUGGUGGCAACGACAAUGGCAACGGGCCUGCCUCAGGCAACAAUGACGGCUUUGGAUUUGGUCCAGGUGGAAGCACUCCUCCUCUAUCAGGGCAAAUGCCUCCUCGCUUUGUCCGUAGACAGGACCCUGGCAAUUCUAACUUAAGAGUUUCAGGAGUUGAAUUCGCACCCAAUGCUUCUGCUCCACGUCAAACAGUCUACGCUACUAGGGAAGUCAUAGUUGCUGCUGGUGCAUUGCACUCCGCCCAGCUUCUACAAUUAUCUGGCAUUGGACCAGAGUUAUUGCUCAAUCAGUACAACAUAACUGUAGCGCUCAGUCUGCCAGGUGUAGGCAAUAACCUUCAAGAUCACCCUCUCGUCGGAACUUUCUAUCCUUAUAAUAACGCCAGCUAUCCCUCGCCAACUGAGCUAACGACCAACGCUACCUAUAAUCUGGAAGCUGAACAAGAAUAUGACACAGACAAGACUGGUCCUUGGACGGCUGGAUCCCCAAAUGCAUUGGCGUUUAAUCCUCUGCCAUUGAUCAGCAACAAUUCAGCCAGCAUUCUUAGCAACGCUAGCAGCCAGAACCCAACGGACUAUCUGGUUGCUGGGCUAGAUCCCACGAUUAUCGCUGGUUAUACUGCUCAGAAACAAUCUUUGGUGACACGAUUGGCGCAAAACACCGUAGCUGCAUAUGAGAUCAUCAACAACAAUGCUGGAAGCUUGACAGUAUCUGUCAUGCAUCCUUUCUCUCGCGGUACCUGCUACAUUCAGUCUGCUGACCCGUUCCAGCCACCUGCUAUCGAUCCUCGAUGGCUCACCAACCCUGUGGAUAGACAAGUCCUGAUUGAGGCACUGUUAUUCAACCGACAGAUCCUUGCCACUCCUCCUAUGGUCGAGUUGCAAGCGGCACAAUUUGUACCGCCUGUUGACGCUGAUGAAGACGCAAUUAAUCAAGUGAUCAACAACGGAAUACGCACCGAGUUCCACCCUAGUGGCACAUUGGCAAUGCUCCCACUUGAGCAGGGCGGUGUUGUGGAUUCGCACUUACGGGUUUGGGGUACGCAGAACUUGAGAGUGGUCGACGCGGGGAUCUUCCCGGUAAUCCCAGCUGCACAUUUGCAGGCCGUAGUAUACGGAGUAGCAGAGAAGGCUGCCGACAUCAUCAAGGCGGACAAUCUCUCUUCGAGCGCAGUGCCAGCACCGUCUUCAAUGGCUACAGCCUUGUCGACAGCCCUAGCCACGUCUUCGGAGGUUGCUGUCCCAACGAGCGCUGUCCCGACAUCAUCCCCAACGAUUGCAACCUUGUCAACAAUGGCAGACUCUACAAUUCUGGCCACCUCCUCAGUGCCAGUCAUACCCAAUCCCGACAAUGCACUCUACUGCUUCCUCAACUAUGAAUACAUCUGCAACCUAUUUAGCUAA